AUGGGGACAUGGGGGCACCCUGGAGACCCCUGCAGCCCUCCUGUGCCACAGCAUCCAUGUCCUCCCCCCCAGGACGCAGGGCUGGCGAGCACCAGCCUGCGGACGCUGACAGAGAGGCUGCGGGAGCUGGCACAAGGCACCCAGAGCCUGGUGCUCGGGGGGCUGCCAGUGGGGGGUGGGCCCCCGCCGCCCGGCCCCCUGACACUGCCCCCUGGCCUGUGGGGGAGGCCCCCAACAUCCCCUGACACCCCAACAUUGCCCCCCAGCCCACGGAGGAGCUCCCUGACAUCCUCUGACACCCCAAUGCUGCCCUCUGACCCCCAGGGGACCCCCCUGCCGCUCCUUACCGCCCCACUGGGCCUCGAGAUCACCUCCACCAGCUCCUGCCUGCACUUUGUGUCUGCGACCACCUCAGAGGCCCUGGCUGCCCAUGGGGGCCGCAUCCUACCCGGAGACGAGAUCGUGCAGGUCAAUGAGCAGGUCGUGGUGGGCUGGACACGCGCCAACCUGGCAAAAAAGCUGCUGGAGAAGGCGAGUGGGGUGACACUGGUGCUGAAGAGGAUCCCCCUUGACCUGCCCAGCUCGCCGCCCUCUCCCAAGCAGCAGCUCUCGGGAGCAUUUUUGGAUGCUGCGGGUCCCCCCAGCCCCAGGAGCAGCCAGUGCCCGGGCAGCCCCGUGUCCCUGUCCUCCAGACAUGACCCUUCUCCUCUCCCGGAAUGGAAAGGCGUGCGCGGGGCCGGCAGCGGUCCUGCUGCUGCUGAGGAGGCAGCGUGGGAGGGUGGCACCCCACUGGGCACCCCAGGCUCCCCAGGCGCCCUCGCUGCUGCUGGACCCUGCGCUGCGGAGCUCAGCCCCACGGCAGCCCCCGCGGCAGGGGGGCAGGGCACAGAGCCUGGCCAGCUCCCCAGGGAGGGCAGCCCCCAGACGGGACGCAGACCAAAAGGAGUGGCGACCAGGGUGAGCCGCCGGCGGGUCUCAUGCCGGGACCUGGGCCGGGUGGACUGUGAUGGCUGGCUCCUGAAGAAGAAGGACCACGUGGCCUUCAUGGCCCAGAAGUGGAAGCGGUGCUGGUUUGUGCUGAAGGGCCACACGCUCUACUGGUACCACCACCCCAACGAUGAGAAGGCUGCAGGUCUCAUCAAUGUGGCCACCUACGACCUGGAGAGCACGAGGGAGCAGAAGAAGAAAUAUGUGUUCCAGCUCUCCCACCAGAGGUACAAGCCCUUCAUCUUCGCCGCAGAAACACUGGCUGAUUUGAGCAUGUGGGUCAGUCACCUGAUAACAGCCAAAACGAAGUAUGCACAGGCCCACCAGUCAGUCCCGGACAGGGAGGAAGACUGCUACAGCGAGACGGAAGCUGAGGACCCUGAUGACGAGUCCCCCAGGCACGGAUGCGAUUUGCCAAAGAAGAGGCUGCAAAACACCCCAGAGAAAGCCCAGCUCUUCCCAGCCGGCGGCGAGCCCAGCAGCGCAGCCAGCAGCCCCCAGGGCAGCCCUCGGCCCUGCUCGCCCAUGGACCCUGCUGGGGAGGAUCUCGAGUGCCUGAUGCAGUGCCUGAAGCAGGGUGGGCUGUCCCUCAUGGGGCAGCAGCGGUUCCUGACGGAGGAGCAAUGCCGCAAGUCCUUUAUCCGGCGCAACAAGAACCCCCACAUCAACGAGAAGGUGCAUGCAGUGCGGGCCCUGCAGAGCACGCUCAAGGCAAAGCUGGUGGAGCUGCAGGCUCUGGAGCAGCUGCUCGGUGACGCUGUGCUCACCUCAGAGAAGUUCACGCGCUGGAAGGAAGAGCUGUAA